UCGGUUCCUCCGUAAGCUCCAAUAGUGGUAGGUCUCUACACGUGCCAUCUGGCAUUCUCCGUCGACAUGAGUCUGCUCACCUCUCCGGCGAUCCGAGUAUUUGCACCUUCCUAUUUCUGUUUCUUUAAGCUUUCUCCGUCCUCGGGCAAUGGCAGAGUCCUCGGGUUUGGGAUGGGGCUGGGGUUCGAGUGGCUGAGGAAUAAGAGAAGGCUAAGGCGAAAGCUCAAGUCGGUUGUGAACGCAGAGCUUUCGAAGUCGUUUUCCUUGAAUUUCAGUUUGGACUCUCAGAACAUGAAUUCCUUCCAAUCCUAUGAUCCAUCACAGCUGCCUUGGAUCGGUCCAAUUCCAGGUGAUAUUACUGAAAUUGAAGCAUAUUGUAGGAUCUUUAGGAGUGCUGAAAGGCUUCACUCUGCAUUAAUGGAUGCUUUGUGCAAUCCAUUUACUGGUGAAUGUAGUGUCUCAUAUGAUGUCCCAUCAGACGAGAAACCACUACUUGAAGAUAAAAUAGUCUCUGUCCUGGGAUGUAUGGUAUCUCUUGUGAAUAAAGGGAGGGAGGAUAUUCUUUCUGGAAGGUCCUCAGUCAUGAAUUCCUUCCGUGCUAUACAUGUUAGCACAAUGGAGGAUAAUCUCCCCCCGCUUGCCACUUUUAGGAGUGAGAUGAAGAGGUGUUGUGAGAGCUUGCAUGUAGCUCUUGAGAACUAUUUGAUAUCUGGUGAUGAUCGAAGCAUAAAUGUGUGGCGAAAACUUCAGAGACUGAAGAAUGUCUGCUAUGAUUCAGGUUUUCCUCGUAAAGAGUUUUAUCCUUGUCAUACUUUAUUGGCAAAUUGGAGUCCUGUUUAUUUUUCAACUUCUACAGAGGACAUGGGAUCUAAAAAUUCUGAGGCAGUUUUUUGGACAGGAGGCCAGGUAACAGAAGAAGGCUUGAAAUGGUUACUGGAUAAAGGAUUUAAAACUAUUGUAGAUGUCAGAGCAGAAACUGUAAAAGACAACUUCUAUCAAGCAGCCAUUCAUGAUGCUAUUGCCCGUGGGAAAAUUGAAUUGGUCAAAAUCCCAGUUGAAGUUAGGACUGCACCUACAAUGGAACAGGUUGUGAGGCUUGCAUCUUAUGUUUCUGAUGGCAGCAAAAGGCCCAUUUAUCUUCACAGCAAGGAAGGAGUUUGGAGAACAUCUGCUAUGGUUUCCAGGUGGAGGCAGUACAUUAGUCACUCUGCAUCGCAGUUAGUCUCUAAUCAAGUAGUUACUUCCAAUGACAUGGUUUCAUGCUAUGCAAAGGGAUCCAGAAAAUCUCAGGAUUAUUUGGUGGCUUCAAGGGGAUCCUUCCUAGAAAAGGAUACCAAUUCAUUACGAGAUAAUCUGGGUUCAGCUCAUGGUUUUGUCGAAACAUCAAGUGAAAGUGCCUCUCAAAAGAAGGUUAACAAAAAGACACAAAGUAAUGGGGCUUUGAAUGGAUCUAUUUCUGGAGAUAAGACAACAUCAGAAACCCUAUCUACUUCUAAUGGGGUAGGAUCUUUUUCAAGUUUCUCUCGUGUGACUAACCCUUUAAAAUCUCAGGUUCCUCCUUGUGAUAUCUUUUCCAAAUGGGAGAUGUCCAACUUUCUUGGAAAGAUCUCACCACCUUCUUAUUUCAGAUAUCAUAUUAGAGGAAUGGAAAGCUUACAACAUUCAAGAAACAUGCGUAUAGGAGACAUGAUGGUCAGCAAUGUUGAUAAUCCUUUGCCCAAACUUGUAGACUCAGGAAGUUCCAAUGGUUCUGCUCAUAUGGAUUAUCCUUCUGGAGAGGUAGAUGUUACAAUUGAUGGAAAUACAAACUUAGUGGCUGGAGGUACUUCUAAUUCUGUUCAGACAACAGCAUACAGAUCUAGUAAUAGGGAAACAAAUCCCAUGUUUAAAACCAGUGUCUCCACCAGUAUGAGCACAGGUAUUGAUCAUGUCGCUACUGGAUCUCUGAAGGUUGAAGACAGCAUUGCUGAGGCUAGGUUAGCCUUAGAUGAAGAUUCAGAACCCAUUGAGGGGAAUAUGUGUGCAUCUUCAACAGGUGUUGUUAGGGUGCAGUCCAGGAAGAAAGCAGAAAUGUUCUUAGUACGAACAGAUGGUUACUCGUGUACUAGAGAAAAAGUGACUGAAUCUUCUCUGGCUUUCACUCACCCUAGCACCCAACAGCAGAUGCUUAUGUGGAAAUCUGUGCCAAAAACCGUAUUGUUGUUGAAAAAACUGGGGGAAGAAUUGAUGGAAGAAGCAAAAGAGGUGGCCUCUUUCUUAUAUCACCAAGAAAAAAUGAAUGUUGUUGUGGAACCUGCUGUGCAUGAUAUAUUUGCCAGAAUUCCUGGGUUUGGAUUUGUCCAGACUUUUUAUAGUCAAGAUACCAGUGAUUUACAUGAGAAAGUAGACUUUGUUGCAUGCUUGGGGGGAGAUGGUGUUAUACUGCACGCUUCAAAUCUAUUUAGAGGUGCUGUUCCCCCUGUUGUUUCAUUCAACCUCGGCUCUCUUGGUUUUCUAACAUCUCAUAAUUUUGAUGACUACAAGCAGGACUUGCGGCAAGUUAUUCAUGGAAAUACUAUACGAGAUGGUGUGUAUAUUACUCUUAGAAUGCGUCUUCAGUGUGAAAUUUUUCGCAAGGGUAAAGCUGUGCCAGGAAAAGUAUUUGAUGUUCUUAAUGAGGUUGUCAUCGAUCGGGGUUCUAAUCCAUACCUUUCAAAAAUUGAAUGCUAUGAGCAUGAUCGACUUAUAACUAAGGUACAAGGUGAUGGAGUCAUUGUGGCCACCCCUACAGGAAGUACUGCCUAUUCUACAGCUGCUGGAGGUUCUAUGGUCCAUCCAAAUGUACCCUGCAUGUUGUUUACACCUAUAUGUCCACAUUCACUCUCAUUUAGACCAGUUAUUCUUCCGGACUCUGCGCGACUUGAAUUAAAGAUUCCAGAAGAUGCAAGAAGUAAUGCAUGGGUUUCAUUUGAUGGGAAGAGAAGGCAGCAGCUUUCAAGAGGAGAUUCUGUCUGUAUAAAUAUGAGUCAGCAUCCGCUUCCAACUGUAAACAAGUUUGACCAAACAGGGGACUGGUUUCGUAGCUUGAUUCGUUGCCUAAAUUGGAAUGAAAGGCUUGAUCAAAAGGCCCUGUAAACUCUGGAUAUGAAGAACGUAUAUGCGUUAGACUCUUGAAAAGAUUCUGGGCUCCUGUACAGCCUGUACAUUGAGAUUACACAACUUAGUUAUAGUGGAAAUACUAGUUUCUUACAUUGGCUUCCCUGAUAAAGAUGGGAUUUGCCCCUGAUUUCAAUAUAGUAUCAUACUGACAAGAUGUUAUUGAAUACAAAAAAAUUUGAAAGACAUUAAAACUUGUCUGGGAACACAGCAUUAGUGCAUCCAAAAAGUUGAUAACUAUUUGUUGGAGUUACUUUCUCCUUUCUUUCUUUUUCUUUUCAGUAGAUUUUGAUGGGCCUGUGAGUUUUAAUUCAUGCAACGAAGUUGAGACAUUUAGACAGGCCGAAGCCGAGAACAGUUAUUUUUCUCAGCAGGCUGGAUUAUUAUCAAAUAUGUCAUUUGUUGGUCAUGAUUUUAUGACAAGAUUGUUAAGGUUUUGGCCCUCUGAACCUUCUGAGCUAUUUAUUUGUCUGCGGAAGAAUCAAGAGUGUUGAUGGGGCAUCUCGGCCCAUGAUGAUGCCGACGAUGGUGCUUUGCCGGUGGAACAUAGAAUAUGUUGGGGUAUAUUCUAUUUGAGAAUUUUUUUUGUUGUUGCACAAGUAUCAUCACAGCCAACAAUUAUGAGAUUAAU